UGUAACCGACAAUGAAUCCAUGGAACUGCAAAAUUUACGAGUGUUGACGUUCUAUUUUUUUUUGCUUCCUUGUUUAUUACCGAUUUUGUUAUUUUCUAACUGUGGGUAAAUAGAAUAGAAAUAGAAGAAAUGGAAUAGAAUAUUGGGGAACGGGAAGAAAUAAUUGUGCUAGAAGCUGAUCUUAAGCGCAGAUCUGAUGAAACAUCAGUGUGUGUUUGCGGUAAUUAACAUUAAUAAUUUGUGACAGUUUAAAAAAAUAAAUAGUGCGACGGAGACUUGUGACGGAUAAUCUGCAAAUAUUGAAAAAAAACUGCAGAAGCCGAGAGCUGCAGUACAAGUAAUGACCGAGCAAUCAGUGACAAACUGUGGAUUAUGUGGUAUUUAUCCGAAUUGGCUGCAGAAACGAGCGACGCCACACACGUUCAUCCUGGUGUAUGGGUUUCUCGGUCUGGUGCAGGCGAUGGCCUUUGUAUAUAUGAUCGUCACACUAACUACAUUAGAAAAACGCUUCAAAAUACCCAGUCAGACGACCGGAAUUAUUUUAUCUGGCAAUGAGAUCUCACAAAUCCUAUCUCUGAUUCUCAUGUAUUAUGGUGGCGCCGGGCACCGUCCAAGGUGGCUGGCAGCUGGAGUUGGAUUUAGUGCUCUCUCCUGUCUGAUCCUAGCGAUUCCUCACCUACUCUAUGGUCCUGGCAAGGCGGCACUUGCCCUCACACAGGAGCACUUGGACAAGAAUCUGCCCCAAAACGUCACCAUUUCGACCGAGUAUCUCUCCCUCUGUCCAGGCGAGCGAGAGCCUGAGGUGUGUGAUGAAGAUGACAUGGGAGAUGCUGGAAUCACUCCCAGAAUUCUUGUCUUUGCGUCUCAAUUUGUGUUAGGUAUUGGGACAACUCUGUAUUUCGGACUGGGGCAGACGUAUCUGGACGACAACACGAAGAAGUCCAGCACUCCAAUGCUCCUAGGAAUCACAUUUGCCCUUCGAACCACAGGACCAGCACUCGGUUUUAUCUUGGCAUAUGUAUGCAUGAAAUUGUACAUAGUUCCAAAUCUUCAUCCAGUGAUAAAUGACAAGGAUCCAAGAUGGCUGGGUGCGUGGUGGCUUGGGUGGAUCAUCCUGGGUAUGCUACUCGCAGUAUUCGCGGUGUUGAUCGCAAUGUUCCCCAGGCAUCUUCCCAAGAAGCAGAAAAAGGAUAAUAUCAAUAAUAAUAAGCCUGAAAAUGAAGUCCCACUGAGAAUAACUGAUCGGGUUCAAGGUAUCGUCGAUGCAUCAAAAAUCAUUCAAACGACCGAAAAAAUUGAAAUUCAUACAACAACUGUUGAAGAGGAAACUCAUGUUCCGACUCUGAGUGAUUUUUGUGUCACUCUGAAGAGAGUCUUCUCUAACAAAAUUCUCUUAUGCAACAAUUUGAGUGCAGUAUUCAGCAUUUUUGGAUUUCUUCCUUACAUCACUUACAUGGCCAAAUAUCUGGAGGUCCAAUUCAACACUUCCGCCGCGGGAGGCACCGUUAUAACAGGACCGAUUGCCCUGACUGGUAUGGUGCUAGGAUUCAUUGGUUCAGGAUUCUUCAUAAGCAAAGUGCGACCUAGACCGACCAGACUAUUGAGUUGGAAUGUUGUGGGUGGAUUCGUCUGUGUUCUCGUUCAGAUCGUCUGGAUUUUCAACAGCUGUCCUGUUAUGCCAACAGAAGGGAUUGAUUCGGCGUCUGCAACAAUGAACUUUACAACAGCUUGCAAUAUUGGUUGCAACUGCGAGAGGGUUAAAUAUUCACCAGUUUGUCAUCGGACUUCAAUGACGACCUUCUUCUCAGCCUGUCAUGCAGGUUGCACGAGCUCUAUAGAUUCUCGAACCUUUGGUAAUUGCAGCUGUCUACCGGACCACCAAGAGCCCAAUGAAAAUCAGAGUUACUCAGUGACACUUCCAGAAACUACAGUGACCCUUGGACCUUGUCUGGCGGACUGUGUGAAGACUCACAUGAUCUUUGCUGUUACGAGCAUGAUCAAUCAGUUUUUACUGUCCACUGGUAAAAUUGGAAAUGUUCUUGUGAAUUAUCGAUGCGUGGAGAAGAGGGAUAAGAGUGUUGCUCAAGGAGUUACUUUGAUGUUCGUUUCUUUAUUUGCGUUAAUUCCUGGACCGAUUUUGUACGGAGCUAUCAUUGAUCAGACUUGUCUUAUAUGGGAGGACAGUUGUGGAAGCAAUGGGAAUUGCUGGCAUUACGAUAAGGACAAAUUCCGGUGGGCUCUCAAUGCUACUGCUAUGUGUUUCACAUUCCUCGGAGUUCUCUUCGACAUAUUCGUAUGCUACUUAGGCAGAGAUCUCAAUCUAUAUGGCACUGAUGAAGAGGACCAGCGUAAAGUAUUCAUUCAAGAGGAUACAGUAAUAACUCGCCAAACAAAAACAAUCAUUGUUGAGCCUGAAAAAAAAUUGUAGCUCACCUGUUAUCCCGCAAUGUAUUUCCGUCUCCUUAAUAAAUCUCCAAAGUAACUUCUCGGAAAAAGAGCAGUAUAAAAAAAUCAACAGGUCAAAGAAUAAAAUUUCUAAUCUCUACCUUA